UAUCCAACAAGCUUUCAAAAACGUAAAGAGAUUAUACGAGUAUUUAAAAUGGUUAUUUUUACGCAAAUUUAACUUAAUGUUUGCACAAUUUGCACGGUAUUAUUGAAUGGGCUGAUCUAGCACUGAAGCCUUACAGUUACAGUUGACAUUCAGAGCAGGAAUCGGGAACGAUGAGUGAAUUUAAAUUACAUCAUUUAAUAGUGCAGUUGAUUGAAUUGUUAGGCUCGGAAUCUGCUCCGGAGAGACACUUGGAGAAGCUGCAGAAGGAAAGCUUGACGGCGAAUGUGCUAAAUGUCGUUGCUCCUCACAGCUGUAUCCAGCAUCUCGCCAAGAUUUCGUCACAGCCCGAAUUAUUUCUACAGAAGUACGAGGAACUGAAGUCGAAAAAAGUAGACUUGUUAGGUCUGUUUGUGCAGACUCUAGAAUUGAUAUCCAAAGAUGAGGAGUUGAAGAGGUACUUGUCGAGAUCUGUACCAAGGGCAACUGCCAGUUCCCUGAGGGAUCCGACCAUUACGCAGGAAGAUUUGCCAAAGAUUUGCAAAACUGUAAUUAAAGCUGCUGAAGGGGGAAAGAAAUUAAACCAGCAAGUUUCGAUCAGUAAGAAAAAUGAUGGUACCUUAGCGAAGCACAAUUGGGUUAUGGAACGUCCACGUAUAACUUGGGAUUUUCACAGCGACGCCACUGUAGCACAUUAUCAAAAGGUUGUGCCAAUUGUAUCUCAGGAGUCAAUACUUCUUUGGGAUAUUUUGUAUUGCUUAAAAGGAAUAGAUGGAUCGUAUAUCGUUUCGGAACCAUUAACGAGUCCUUAUGCUGUUAAAACUUUCAAUAUAUCACCGGAUGUUGGUGUAUCAUUUAAGCAAUUAGCGCAACAGAUAUUACCUUUAGCCUCGUACUACUCUAUGACAGUGAGAUUUGUUGAAGAAAAAGUCUCGCCGGACGACGGACAAGUCAAUCAUGCUCUGAGAGGAGCUAUACGAUCUCUGCUGAAAGAUUACUUGCUCUUUGUCGUGCAACUCGAGACAGAACACAUUCACGGUAAACUAAGUUUGCAGAAGCUAUGGUUUUAUAUCCAGCCUACCAUGCUUACGAUGUCCAUACUUUCUCAAGUUACAUCCACGAUAUGUAAGGCAAAUGCCAGAGGGGGCAAAGUAUUGAGCCUUCUGCAUGAGCAAACAUUGAACAAUGUUAGUGGUGAAGCAAAGUCUAAAGAACUGUGUUUAUAUCUGAUGCAAGCGGCGAGCAUGCCAUAUAUGCAAAUUUUAGAAAAAUGGGUUUAUAAAGGAGUGAUAUGCGAUCCAUAUCAAGAAUUCUUUGUAGAGGAUAACGAAUUGAUUCAAAGGAAAGAACUUCCCGUAGAUUAUUCUGCAGAUUAUUGGGAAAAGAGAUACACUAUGCGACUAGAAAGGAUACCUGUAUUUUUGAAUGAACAUGCACAGACUAUACUUAGAACAGGAAAAUAUUUCAAUGUGAUUAGGCAGUGCGGUAAAACAGUGCAGUGGGGAAAACAAGAACCAUUAAGCUACCAGUAUCAAGGGCAAAAAUAUAUAGCUGCUAUCGAUAGAGCAUAUUCAGAGGCUGCCAGAAAAUUAUUAGAGGUACUCAUGAAGGAAAAUGAUCUGAUGGGUAGACUACGUAGUGUGAAAAAUUACUUUCUUCUUGCCCAAGGAGAUUUUGUGGUACAAUUUAUGAAUCUGUGUGAGGCCGAACUGAACAAGAGUAUGUAUGACAUCGUUCUUCAUCGUUUAGCAUCUCUUCUCGAAGUUGCCUUGCGAAUGUCUACUGCAGAUUCAGAUCCCUAUAAAGACGAUCUGAAACCGGAAUUACUUCCAUAUGAUCUGCAGUAUCAAAUGUUUAAAAUACUCUCCAUUCAAACUAGAGACGAGAAAGAAUACUGUUUCCAAGCGGGUAAAAUUUUGACUGGUUUGGAAGCUUUUGUCUUUAAUUACGAUGUUAAAUGGCCAGUUUCUCUAAUCAUUAAUAGAAAGGCCAUAGCUUGUUAUCAAAUGUUGUUUAGACAUCUGUUUUAUUGUAAAUAUGUUGAGAGGCUCUUGUGCAGAGUAUGGAUCAGCAACAAAAUAGCGAAGACUUUCACGCACGAAGUGGCUAUGGCUUACAGAAAGGCAUUUUCAUUGCGGCAGAGAAUGCUUGAUUGUAUACAACAUUUGGAGUACUAUAUGAUGGUAGAAGUCGUGGAACCAAAUUGGUUAAAAUUCAUAAAUAAGAUGAGCAAGGUUAGUAAUGUUGAUGACGUGCUGAGCGUGCAUCAAGAUUUGCAAGCCAGUUAUCUGAAGGAAUGUAUGUUAACGGAUCCCGAUCUUCUUGGCUGUAUCACCGGUAUAUGCGCCAUAUGCAUAGAAUUCUGCAAUUUUAUGCAGAUUGAGAACAGUUCUACAGCGAAAGAUGGAACAGGAAGUUUCGAAGAAACAAUCGUAUCGUUAGAUGAAAGAUUUACUAAAGUAUUGACACGACUUCUAGAUCGAAUUUGUGAUUUGGGUUGUGAUAAUAACAAUGAGAAAUUACUUAAUGUAUUAUGUCGACUUGACUUCAACAUGUUUUACACCGACAUACUAAUACGUCGAGGGAAAGAAAAGACCGUCACGCAGCAAGAUAUAUCUGGCUAGUAAUAUAUUAUUUCUCAUUUAUGCGUAAAUGCACAUGCAGACGUUGUACGCAUGCACGCAUGAAAGAUGGAAAUGAUAUAAAUUUCAACAAAAUUUACUACAAUCUAUCUUUUAUUCGUAUAAAUUAUAUACAAAAAAAUCUCAUUAUAAAUAGAUCUGAAAAAGUUAUAUUAUAGAUAGACCUCACACAAUCAUUAAAGAUUUACUUAGAGUUACACAAAAAUUAUAUAUACAAAUUAUAAAAUAAUAAUUUCAAAAAAUGUAUUGUGAAAACAUUCGUUAUAUAUUAUAUAAAUCGUGCAACGAUACAUCCAGACAUUUGUAUAUCGUGUAAUAUUUAGAUAAAUUUACUUCGAUUAGGAUUGUAUUGAAUUUAAUGAUAUAAUUUACACGUAGCUAACAAAGUUAAACCGCUUAUAAUAAAAUUAACAUAUACUUGGCAGUAUUGUUUGAUAUUAUAAUUUAUAAAAUUAAGUUUUGUGUAGUUCUAUGCAGUAAUCUAUCUAAAAAGGGUAAGACAUUUUAUAAGUCUGUUAAACAAUAGAAUAUGUAAAGAAUGAAUUUAAACAUCUCAUGUAUACAUGUUAAUGUUUGUUAAUAUAUAUUAACUUUUCAAAUACACACGUAUCAACUUUCUCUCACGAAUUCCAUUGUAUUUUUUAUAUUGCAUUUUAUAUUAUCAAUUGUGAGUUUUUUAAAAUCGUAUUCAAAGCAACUCACAUCGCCGCCAAUUGCUCCCGCAGCUUGGUCAACUCCAUCAUUAUCUUCUCAUUAUCCAAUACUUGAUUCUUAUCCAAAUUAAUCUGUUCAGCUUGCUUCAUUAUAUUAGGAUCAAUUCUCAAGAUGGCCUAAUAUUUAUCGUGAUUUACAGAUUUACAGACUCGCUACGAGCUAGUUGUAUUUGUCAUUUACGCUAUCGUACUGCUUGACGUUGACACGUAUGUAUGUACCUACAUUUAAAUACGAGACAUUUAAAUCCGUGCACGCAAUGUUUUGUUGUGGCACAUAUAUAUGGGUCCGAUUCACGCUCACAGUGUUGUAAGCUCUAUCAUCGUUUGAUAUUCGAUGUGCAACGAAGACAGAAUGAUGCUUACAACUGUGUGAGCGUGAAUCGGAUCUCAGCCAUGGUAAGUCGCUCGUGACGUAAAUCGCGCGUGUCAACGACACUGCGAAUUAAUGCGGUUUUGAUGAGGCAGGCGGUAUGUUCAAGAUUGUCUUAAAACUUCGCUGUCAUUUCCGUAGCAAGUAUAAAGCCGAAAUUAUAACCGGGAAUAAAUUCAUUAGAGCCAUCUUGGAAUUGAGAUGGUAUUCGGUGGAUAGCUUAUUUACGAGCAAAUGUGGACCGCAUAGACUUAUUGCUUCUCUCGCCGCGACUUUAAUUCGCGAUUUCUAUAGGAAUAACUAUAGUUAUGCGUAAAUAGCUGUAAAUAUAUUAUACUUGUAUCUAAAUAAAUUUAAGACUUGUCCGUUAAAAA